AUGGCUGGCAACGGUUGGGGCAGGAACGCAGUGCCCCUAUGCGCGGGGGCGGUGCUGGUGGGCGCGCUCGUCCUAGAGGUGUUCGUGGUGCUGCUGCAGCUGCGGCGCGAAGACGCCGACGGGCACGAGCACGAAAAGGGACAGCCGUUCCCGUUCUUGUCGCUGGCUUCCCUGCUCUUCCUGCUCGGGAACGCGCUUGAGAAUGCACGCCGCUUCAUCACCGCCUCACCCAGCACGCGUGGCGUCAUGCUUGCGGGGGCGGGGCAAGGAUGGGAUUACUGCUAUUCCUGCCAGACUCACGUACCUCCCCGCUGUGCUCACUGCUUCUCCUGCAACGUUUGUGUCCUGCGGCGCGACCACCAUUGCACGCUACUGGGCCAGUGCUUGGGCUACCAGAACUACCGCUACUUCCUUUGCCUGCUACUGCACGGGGCUGCUGCUCUGCUAUUUGGCUGCCUGCUCAACGCCAAGGUAGUCAUGUUGCUACAACAGGAGGGGAAUCCUGUCCAUACAGUCCUUCUGCUUGUUGUGCCUUGGCUCAUGCUACUGAUAGGGCAAGUCAGUGUCCCAGCCUUCGUUUACGCCUUUGUGACAGACGUCUGCAUGGUGGGCUUCCUCUUCUGCACUGGCUUCCUGCUCUUCCAUGGCCUGCUGACUCUGCGUGGACAGACAACCAAAGAAUGGUUUGAAGGAAAUCGCCAGUAUGACUUAGGAUGGCGGAACAAUCUUCAGGAUGUCCUAGGAGAGCGGUGGUUCCUUGUGUGGCUCUCACCUUUCAUUGCCUCCCCUUUACCAGGGGACGGAAUCACCUUCCAAACCAAGAAACCCAGAUCUGAGCCGCUCACCAAGUCCCGUGACUGCUAAAGGUUUCUUCUUGCUGCUUACCAGGGA